UAGUAAUUGGAAGAAACCAAGAAUAAUAUCAACAGGAUAUUAUGAAGAAUAUUUUUUUAAACAUCAAAAUGAACAAUACAGUGUGCUGUGUAAAAAUAACGAAAAGGAUUUUGCUUGCGAAAUUCAGGACGACCAUGGCGAAAAAUUUGAAAUUAAGAAAGAAAUUAUCGAAAUUGAACAUAGCAUUGAUGAAUCAUUGGAAAUGAAGAAACAAAUUAUCGAAGCUCAAGAUUAUACAAGUCAAGAACACUAUAAAAAAUAUAUGCCCAAAUUGCAUGUCGUAGAUUUAAAAGAAACCGAUAAUUUUGCUGUCAAAAACAAAGUCACAGCCUCAAAAAAUGGUCAGAAAAUUCAGGAAUCAGAACAGGAACUGGAAAAAAAGUAUAAAUGUGAAAAGUGUGCUCGCAGAUAUAAAUGGAAAAAGCAUUUAAAUCAGCAUAUAAAAUUUGAAUGCGGAGUCAGUCCACAGUUCAGAUGUAAAUUUUGCGACAAACGAUUUAAACAAAAUAGUCAUCUAAAGACACAUAUAGGGCAGGUGCAUGAGAAGACAAACUUAUAAAAUUCGGCAAUAAAGCAUAAAUGCGACCAAUGUUCUAGGAGUUAUGCUUGGUUAGUUUUCUUUACAUCGACAUAAACGUUCAGAACAUGCAGCAGUCAAUCCACAAUUCACCUGCGACUAUUGUGGCUUUAAAACUAAUCGAAAAGGUUACUUGUCUGUCCAUAUUAUUUUACGCCAUCUCAACAAAAUUCAGUAAUAAAUUGACCAAAUUCUUAUUGCAUUAUGUUUAAUAGUUAUAAACCUUUAAUUAAUUUUCGUCAACAUCACUGAAUAAGAUACAGUUUUACUUUUUGAUGGUGAUUAAAGAAGCAACUCCGAUGCCUUUAUAAUUAUAUCGAAACUUCUUCUUCUUUUUCUAAACCAUUUUAAAUUAUUAAAGCCGUUUAUGUUAAUUGUAAAACUUAAUAAUAAUGUGCC